AUGAGUGAAGAUCCGAAGGCAUAUCGAUCGAUGGCUCUCUUGAAAACUGCAACUUUUCUAAUUUUUUGGGUUUUGUUUAUGUCCAUGUUUAUUCAAGAAGGAAACGCAAUGAGACCGUUGGGUAUGGAGCAAUGGCUAAAAAGAGAAGCUACAUUGCUGGCCUCUCUUCCAAAGGGCGAUGUGCCGACCUCCGGUGGUUCUAAGUGCACUUAUAUACCGGGUGGCGGCAGCACUGGCUCCUGCCCAUUGAAUGAAAAGCACUAUGCUGGUGGUGGCGCCACCGCCCAUGCACCUCCAGCUUCUCAUACUGCCACAUAA